AGACUGGGUGGCGCAGGGCAUACCCAAACGCUCAGUUAGAGACUGGGUGGCACAAGGUGUGCCCAAACAUGGAGGCUUACAUAGAAGAGGUUCUCGGUUGCAUGCAUGACAAAGAGGCGCCCACCGUACUGGCAGGGCUGGUCCAGAACAUCCUGGACGAGGACAUCCCCGACGAUGUCAAACACAAGCUGCUUAAGCCGCUCGUACCGGAGAAAGUGUGGACGGAGGAAGUCGACCCUUUGCUGCCGGGACGGCAGCAAGAGGGCCCAGAGGGCUUAGACCCCGAGGAGUACUAUUCUCUCUUCGUCAGCGGCGCCCAUCUUCGGGGCCAAGACAUAAGCGCCAGUGUUUACCAGGAGAUACGAGAUCUUGGUGGAACAGGUGCAUUACAAUUGCGGUCUCCAUCCUACAUAAAGAACAUUAAAUCAGGGAAAUACUAG